AUGCCCAUGUACAAGAAUGAGUUCAUUCUCAAGACUCCCAAAGAGCAUGCGGAGGACAUGGAGAAGGCUGUGAAGCCGCCGGUUGUCCAUGACACGGCAGAUCUGGUUCCCACAUCAGGUGAUCCUCACCAGUACUCUGGCCAGGGAACUUACAGUUACUGGCACUACGACACCGUCCGCGAGCCGACUUUCCCUCGGAAGCCUGACGUCGCCAAGGGAGAGCUUGCGUCUGGUGCCACCGUCACUCGCACCGACGUUUGGCACGAUCCGAAGGAGCCUGCCAUCGUCUCCGUUGCCAAGUUCUCACCUGAGAAUUAUCGGCCC